CUAAUGUCGCGGGACGGGUGUUCUGACGACCACCAGCUGCUCCACCUCCCACUACAGCCUGCUUUUCCAUCUCGGGUUGUAAAUAGCACUUCGCAUGCCCCGCAGUACCUUGCAAAAUUAGGUCCUCAAGCUUUUCUCGGAUGCGCUGGAGUGCUUUCACUGUUUCCCCACGUCGUUUCCAUCACCGGUCCUGGAAACAUAUCUCAUUAGUGAAUUUGGUCAUUAGGUGUUUUUGUAUCUUGAUCGAGCUAUUUGUGGCUGCCAAGCGGCACAGGCCAUCCAUUGGCACCCAAACCAGCAGUUUUCCAUCGUGGUGUAUUCUUACGGCGCCCGCUGUCUAGCAAUGUAGUGGUCCGAGCCCACGCUCGAGCUCGAUCAGGAAGAGCUGAAGGAGGCAUUGUAGAAGCAGCAGCACACUCACUUGGCGGUACAGAUUGACAAUAAUAUGCUUUGAGCAGUAGCCGGUUAGUGGAGGUGGAUCUACAGUUCGACAGUUGAAGAGUCAGCUGUUUCCGGAAGGGAUUUGUCCUUGGUAGCUGUGGAGAAAAUCUGAAUGCCUUGUGUUGGUCUUUAUGAGAUGUCCACGGUCUGGAGACUGACAGCUUGACAGACAUUGCCACUGAUGAGCUAAGGGGGGACAGUACAGACUCUGCAGUACAUUGGAGUUGUUCCAGCGGCAUUAAUGCGAGCUCGGAAAAACGCGUUUGAAGUGAAAGGGUUGCUCUCAUCCUCACCAAGGGCAAGGUGCCGCAUCUGCUCUAGCGAGCCACCGUUCCGCAAGAGAAAGCCAAGAUCCCAUUCAAGUAGAGUACCCUGUGAGAAACCCAGCGAGAGAAGUCGGUUGGGGUGAGUAGGAGCAGGGUCGCAGUACUGUCAGUCUCAUUGAAGAAGAGCUCGCGGUAGCGAGAUUACACGAAGAUAAGAUUUCUGGGUCGCAGAUUCUGAGGUCUUUCUGCCAUUGAUGGUCUCGCACACAAUUUAAAACAUGGCUUCGUUCUCCGAAGACGUGGAUGGCGUAUUGCGAAUUCCGGCCGUCUCCCCCUCUCGUCGUGAUUACUCUCUCCGAAGCUCUUCAGUGAAGGCCAGCGAAUCCAAUUCGAGUCGUCCGCAGUCUCCCUGGCGUCCGCGCGAUCCGCACUUGCCGAGCCCCGAAUCGAGUUCAUUUCAUCUCUAUGAAUCGAAUCUGCCAGGGCUUGAUCGAUCUGUAUAUUACAGCGGCCCCCUUCCUGCCCCUUCCAAGAGCGUCGACAGAUCAUACUACAGUGGUCCUCUUCCAGGUCCUCUCCCAAGUCAUAUCCCCGCUUCUUCUUGCUUCAGCGGUCCUCUUUCAAAUCCCAGCCCCCUUCCCCCAUACUUCAGCGGUCCUCUUUCUAGCCUUAGUCCUCUUCCAUCUUACUUCAGCAGUCCUCUUCCUGGCUUCUCAACCACCACGAUUGAGUCUUUCGGUUUCCCCACUGGAUCGAGUAAUUUUCCUCAGCGGCUAUUGAGCGGUGAUGCUUUGUCCGAAGCACCCGAGGUAGGUUCCAGUCCUGGAAGCAGUUUCGGGGAGGGUAGAGAGGUGGCAUUAGUGGCCGAGGACGACGACGAUGACACUGAGUCAGUAGGAGAUGAGCCAUAUAAGUCGUAUGGAAACUUUGCGCUGUCGACGUCAAGCAUUAGUGCACGAACGGGGGCGCAAGAUGGGAAUGGGAGAACUCGAAACUGUGUUAGUCAAGAGCUUAAGAUUAGUCGCGAUGCUUCGUAUCAGAAGAUCCACCUUAACAGAGGGUACAAGAGUGGUGAGAUUUUCGGACACGGCGUUCGUUCCGGCGGGACCUACAAUUCGAGUUCAGAGUUGGCAAAUCCAGAUAGGGAGUUAAAACCCGCGAAAGUGAUGGAUGUACGCAAGCAUCGACCAUCUGGAUCUAUUGCAUGGGAGGCAUUGAACGACGACGCGAAUGAGAGUAUCAACUGCCAGAUGGCUAUGGUGGCUAUUCCAUUCAAAUGGGAGGAGGCACCUGGGAAGGCCCGAGAUACGGUAAGGAAUGGACCCUUACUGGCUUCGCCAAGAUCUCGCUCAAGUGAGAAAAAACUCAAGGAUUCUCACAGCGGUGUUGCUAAUGAGUUCAGUUUUGGAGUUAGCAACAGGUUCUAUGGUGACAGUGCAAACAAGGCGCCCGAAAAAGUAGAUAGUGGGAGAUGGAGUGAAGAGCUGAGUGCAUCUGGCAUUGAUCUGGUUGCCCCUACAUCAUCGAAAUUUUUGGAAUCGGUUCCCCGGUCUCUGAAGCCCACACCUCGGAAAGCCCCCCGUUCUUCAGUGCCAUUCGAGUGGGAGGAGGAGCCUGGGAAAUCCAAGUUCGAGGAGAAGGCCGCCUCUGAUGCGAUUCCGAAAUUGCAACUGCCGCCGAGGCUCGCCUCUGCAUCGGUCAAGAGAAACAGCGUCAGCACGUCUACGACAUCCAGCAGCAGUCGCAGGAGCCGCAGCAUGUCGAUCACAUCAGAGAAGCGAGCCAGAGCUCGGCCGGCGAAGGGAGUCGUCAGCGCAUCGGAAUCAAGGGAGUCGUCAGUCAGUAAACACUCUCGUCAAUCGCAGGAGGAGUCACAAUCGCUGCAGCAGUCGCCAUUAGCACAACCGUCGACGCCGCAGGACAUGAAUAAUCGCCUCGCUCUGGCAUCAAAUUUUCUUUCUGGCCCAUUGGACGUCACAGCGAGACCAAGUCAAAGUUCAUGUGGAAACUCGUUCGCCUCGAGAUCAGGACCCAUCACGCCAUUCGGGUUGCCUCAGCUCCAAAGCGCGGAGGUCUUCUGCGAGACAUCAGUUCGUUCUCCGACAAGUACGCUUGACGGUCCUGGCAGUGUCCCCUCUUACUCCUCCAGCAAGAGCAGUCGUAAAUCUUCGAGUGUGACAUACUCACACUCGUCGUCGGGCACCUCAGCCGAGUCGUUCGAACACUGGACAUAUGGGGACCAAGCCAGCUUUCCAUCAACAUCGAGGCUUCCUUCCACGGAAUUCGAUUCUCAGGGCUCUUCUCGUUCCGGGUCUGUAAAACCCCGUGACGAUGUCGAAACACCAAACAUCGGUGAUAAGUUAUCCAGGAGAUCGAAGUCGUCGUCGUCGUCGUCGUCGAGCUCCAAACCCCCAAUGAACCCUAUUCGCUCCUCCCAAACUGUUUCUACUGCUAUGUCUUCGCGACUUGUGGACAUAGAGGGACACUUACCGCACGCAGACGAGUGCAGCCGCUCAUCACCAACGCCAGCAUUGAAGGUGGAGGACGAAUUGUCAUGCACCCAGAAGGAAGAAUUGAUCGAUCUCGAACCUCCGACACGACUACCCUACAAAAUGCCAUCUCUUUCUCGAUCCUCCGACGCCGUGUUUAAGUCUCCGUCUUCUUCACCGACACGAACCCCCUCCGAAGCCCUCACUUGCCUGCCCAGAUUCUUCUCGAAGUCUGAACCUAGAUCCAACGUAACGCCGUGCUUCUGGGUAGAGAAUCCCUCGUUUCAUGCACCAGUGAACUUCACAGAGGAUGGGUACAGGUCUCCAGCGUACAAGGCCACAUUGGAGCUUUUGUCACCAUCGCCAAACCUCUCCAAGAAAAGUGACUCGAGGGUUGCAAGGCUGAGGAAAUCAAGCUCACGACUCGGGCAGGUUCACAUUGUUGGCUCUCUACGCAACUCACUCAAACACUUGUUCCACACGUGUACAUAGUACAGUGUUGAAAGGUGAUGCAAUUAAGCUGGUGUCGUCGACGAUCAUCUCACAAAGCGACAUCAAUCGUUCCUAGUGGCGAAGUCCUCUACGGAGGUCACAGACAUGAGGAGUAUACUCGAGCCAUUUGCAGGUCGACAUGACGCGACAUACUUUUUGUAGCGCCCUGGAUAUGGUGGUCGCAUCAUCUCGCCAACGCCACAACAACAACACUUAACUACAGCUUCUUCUUAUUCUUCUUGUGUUUACCCUGCAAGCACAUGCAAGCACAUCACGGAGGCCAUGGAGAUUGUAUCUCUCGCUUUCUCUCGAAUCGGUUCUCCCCUAUUCUUUUCAUUAUUUCUGACCCUGCGGCUCAUACUUAGCUGGAAAGAGGACUGUAAUAUACGUAGUGUCUAGACAGAUUAUUUUAGCGCCCUUGUUGGUGGGUGCUCAUUUUGAUCCCGGAGCUCUUGUCCGUGAACACACCUAGUGACCAACAACAUCCCGGUGGUCUUGAGAGGAUUAUAUGCCUGCACUCACGAAUGCUCUUACACACACACACAUAGAUAGUUCUAUAUAUUGAUAUAUAUAUAUAUAUAUAUAUAUAUAUAUUCACACACACAUCCCUUUUGCCGAAGCAAUGCCAUUGUCUUGUUGCAAGGUGGGACCUCUCUCCGCACCGAUGAUACCGUUGUAGCCAUGGAUUCUCAAGGCUGGCUGUCGCUGUAUUUGGUGAAGAAGCCAUGAAGUUCACUUACAAAUGUUUGAUCAGAGCAUGUAAACAAGCAUAUGACCAUGAAUAAACACUCUCAUUCUCAAUGAA